UCGCAUGUUGAGUGCGAUUCUUUGUACAUUUUCGAAAUUUGUCGAGAAAAUGAUGGAUUUAUUCAUCGUUUUCGGGCAGACAAAUAAUUCAAUCUGAUGGAAAAAUGAGGGAGAUGGUUGGAGGUUGCUGCGUUUGUUCAGAUGAGCGAGGCUGGGCGGAGAACCCUCUUGUUUACUGUGAUGGGCACGGUUGUUGUGUGGCCGUGCAUCAAGCUUGCUAUGGUAUUGUCCAAGUGCCCACUGGACCGUGGUUUUGUCGGAAAUGCGAGUCCCAAGAGAGAGUUGCAAGAGUGAAAUGUGAGCUGUGUCCUUCAAAGGACGGCGCGUUGAAGAGGACGGAUAAUGGUGGUGAGUUUCGUGAACUCAAAAACUCCAAAGGAGCUAACGGUUGGGCCCAUGUGGUAUGCGCCCUCUAUAUUCCAGAGGUGCGGUUUGGUAACGUCUCGACCAUGGAGCCGAUUAUCAUUGCUUCCGUUCCACACGACCGAUUCAACAAGGUUUGUUACAUCUGUGAGGAGCAGGGGCGUGAGAGCCGAGCAGCGAGUGGUGCCUGCAUGCAGUGCAAUAAAAACGGCUGUAAACAACACUUUCAUGUCACGUGUGCACAAGCUCAGGGUCUACUCUGUGAGGAACAGGGCAACUACACGGAUAACGUCAAGUAUUGCGGUUAUUGUGCUUACCACUACAAAAAACUGAAGAAGGAUAGCCACAUCAAGACGAUCCCGGCAUUCAAACCCGUCUCGUCAGCUGCCAGCACACCAGAGAGUACCCCUGAGAAACAGAAGGAGAAACCACAGCUUGGCAUAGCAAGGCCGCGAGAUCCCAAGGUCGUGAUGACACGUAUGACGACCCCGACAACAUCGACGGUCACCACGGUAGCGUCGUCUCCAGCUGAACCGCCAGCAACAACAACCGCACCACUGACUGCGCUUGCUACACCUGCUACACCACCUACACCAGUCGCACCAUCGCCGAGCAACUCUGCCAGCGAUUCAGAAAAAAAGCCAAAAUCGUUCACGGCGAAAUUCACAACUGCCAACUUUGUUGAGACGACUUUGACCAAUUCCCCAGUCCUGACAAACUGUUUAGAUAAUGAUGUAAAGUUGGAGGGAAAGAGAGAGAAAGUUAAAACACGCUCCAGUUUAAACCGGUCGGACAGUAUUAGUUCUAUGUCGACAGACACAGCGGAACUUGAAGGAAAAAAUAGUGUUUUCAGUUCGUCAUCGGAAAUGAAAAGUGAUGAAACGGAAAUAAACCCCGGACUUCCGGACACAGUGCCGAAAGUAUUGACACCGAGUACGACGACGGAGUCCAUAGCCAUUGAUGCUGUUGUUCCUAUGGUUACCAAUGCUGUCAUGGCAACUACAGCGACAACAUUUGACUUGGCGACGACAUCAUCAUCCACGGUGCUUCCUCAGACGUCUUUUUCAAAUACGUUUGAAUCGUUCCUGAAGGGGAACUACCCGAAUACGGACUUGUCCAAAUCCGGCUCAUCUGAAUCCAUGAAACCGGUUACGACGCCAUUGAGUGGAGAAAGGCCAGCAAAAAGGUCAAGGUCGAGAUCGUCGGAAAAGGCUGAGAAAAAGAAGGCAAAGAAAGCAGAGAAGGCCGCGCUGAAGGCAGCAGCAGCAGCAGCAACCAGUCAGUUCAAUCUGAGUAAGCAGGUCAAGGACAUGUUGGCCGCCAAGGCUGCUGAGGAGGGCGGUAAUGGACCGCCGAGUCCGAACAAGAAGGCACGGAGGCGGAAGUCAAGCAAAAGCCGAGAGUAUGGUAGUCCGCCCUCGAUGAUGAGCUUGUCGGCAACCGCCACGCCGGCGUCUUCACUUCCUGGACAAAGAUCAGAAUCUACAAGUGUCCCCGGCACUGGCCUAAUCUUCAGUCAAGAACAGAAUAUAUCAGGAUUGUCUUCGCUACAUUCGGACUCGACGUUACAGAACGGCUUCUAUUCUGGUCCUCUGCGGCCGACAAGGAACAUCCUAUCGCCGCGGAUGGGGGGCUCGGGUGAUCACGCAUCAAAUUCUUUCCCUGCCACUUUAGAGCAGCUCUUGGAGCGCCAGUGGGAGCAAGGCUCACAGUUUCUCAUGGAGCAGGCGCAGCACUUUGAUAUUGCGUCUCUACUGAACUGCCUGAACCAGCUCCGCGCCGAGAACCAACGCCUUGAGGAGCACAUCAGUAGUCUGGUUCAGCGACGCGAUCACCUCCUAGCCAUCAAUGCCAGACUCUCCUUGCCGCUCAAUUCGGCAAACUCCCACUCGAGCAAUCCUGGGUCGCAUCAUGCCUCGCCCGAGGCCGGCAGUAUUACGCGUAGUCCGAGGGUUAAUAACGUGCUACCAAUAGAUGGUGCAGCAUCAAAGGACAUGACUAGCGGUAGCGGCCAUACCAGUCAUUCUCACAGUCGAAGUCCAGCAUCAGCAACUCACACCCCCAUACAGAACCAUGUCAACCAUAGCCCAAGUAGUGCCGGUGCCAACCCACCUCGCCACCCGCCAGAAAAUGGUCCGAUGACAUCCACGAGCCCGGGCGCAGCUCACCAACGCUCCCGGCACCCAUCAUCAGGUCACAUGAUGAUGACGCCGACGUCACAGGAACACCAGCAGCAGUUGGUGAUGCAGAUGAUGCAUAGUUAUACUCAACCUCAACCUCAUCCGAAUCGACAGCCGGGGAACGCGCCAAACUCUUCCAAAGGUCCGCAUGAUAAGAUGGACCAAACAUGACAUCGGGACAACUGGCAGCGGUGAUUGAGCCUGUCAAGAUAGAAGGCAACCCGUUUUGGUUCUCAGUAGCUUAGUCAGGAAGCAACCCAUCUUGGUCCUCAGUGGCUGGGUCAGGAAGCGACCUGUCUUGGUCCUCAGUGGUUGGGUCAGGAAGCAACCUGUCUUGGUCAUCCAUGGCUGGCCCAGGAAGCGACCCGUCCUAGACCUGAAAGGCUUGGUCAGGAAGCAACCCAUCUUGGUCCUAGCCACCGGUCUUGGUCCUCUAUGGCAGGGUCACUCAGGAAGCAACCCAUCUUGGUCCUCCGUGGCUGGGUCAGGAAGCAACCUGUCUUGGUCCUUUAUGGCUGGGUCACUCAGGAAGCAACCCAUCUUGGUCCUCAGUGGCUGGGUCAGGAAGCAACCCAUCUUGGUCCUCAGUGGCUGGGUCAGGAAGUGACCUGUCUUGGUCCUCAGUGGCUGGGUCAGGAAGCGACCUGUCUUGGUCCUCAGUGGCUGGGUCAGGAACCAACCUGUCUUGUUCCUCCAUGGCUGGCCCAGGAAUCGACUCAUCCUAGACCUGAAUGGCUUGGUCAGGAAGCAACCCGUGUUGGUCAUUGAAUUUACAGCUUCGAGCUAGUAGUUGGCACACAUACGCAAGACUCAAUUGCUGAGGUUUCUGGUUGUUCUCAACACAAGACUGAUGUGAUUCAAGGAGCAACUGACCUAGAAACUAGACUUUGCCCAAAUAAAAUGUAUAUCUGCAAUUGGCUGCUUUUGAAGAGAAUAAUGGUUAUUUGACAAGGAGUCAUGUUUUGUAUUACCUGUCUAUUGAACUUGGUUAUAAAUUUAUCUCGGCGUACGUUUGUCGACUGCAGGGUUUGAAGAACUGAGAGUAUAGUUGAGUCAUGUUUGACUCGGUCCGAAGCCAAGCUGGAGCAAAUUCUUUUCGCCUUUCAUCCUUUUUGGCAGCUUGGGGAAGCAUGUUUUAGAAUUGCUCUAGUUUGGUUAAGACUUGUAUAAAACUUAUGUGUAGGAAUUCUCAGGUAAAAGAUAUUCUGUAUGCUUAGUUCAUUCACUAGAUUGUGCUUUGAGACGGGGAAAGUACGACAAUAGAUAACACUUUACCAGAAACCUAGGAAGCAGUUUCUGUCUGUGAUGCAUUCUAAAUAACAUUAGGGGAAUGACUUGUAUAAAUUGUGGUCUGACAUGCUGCAGUGAGCUGAGCUGACAAAAAAUGGCUAAACUUUAGAAUCCCCGAUCGGAAAUGACGUAGUUUGAUCGCAUUCAACUAUAAAUCCAUUCAAUAGUGGUGCUUGGUUAGUCAACCGAUGACCUUUUUUUGGGUGUGAUCGGGGAUUCUAAACUAGUUCCAAAAAAAUUUGUGGGUCGAUACCAAAUGGCUUACAUGGAUGUUGGUCAUGUCGAAUUUCAUUGAGAGGUGCUGUUCUUGGUGAUUGUGUCUAGGUGCCCCGACCUGACUUGCCGGCAUACCCUGUCACAUUCCUUGCAAUGCCGGUUGAGUUCUUAACAGGAAAGCCACAGUAUCUGGUGAAUGGAUUAACAUUACAGAGAAAUAACUGGUUGUUGUAUUGUACUGGCUGUUAUUGUUUUUAACCUGGCUUGACUUUUGUACACAAGAAAGUAGUUUCUAACGCAGAUAUUUACUAAGAUUUUUGACCUGUACAUAUUAUAGACAUGAUAGACUAGAGCUGAACUUGUUUUGGUGUUCUUAUUUAAAGGGGAAGUACACUGCUUAUUUUUUUGAUUUCAAAUGUUCAAGUUUACAUUUCCUGAACACAUGGAAGUGGAAGGCACCAUUGCAAUAUGGAGUUGUACACUCUUGACAGGGGUAUCAUUCCGGUGGCAGAGGGCACCAGGCUCUCCACCAAAAGCAUUCAAUCAAAAAAAGUUGCACUGACUCCCCUUUAAAAAUUAGUAAGGUAAAAUGGUACACUUACAGUCCUUUUACAAUUAAAGCGUUAACUCGUGAUUAAGUAGUGUUUUAAUCAGAAACUCGUGGUCGGUCGAGUCGUGCCAAAACUUGUGGCUGUUUCAUUCAUUCUGGCUUUGAUACCAACUGCGGCGCUGGAAAUAAUUGGGCAUAUGGAGCAGGCGAUAUCGCCUUUAAUGCGCACAGAAGCUAUAAUUGUACUGGGGCUAUUAUUGUACCAACUUACCUUAGCAUCUUAACAUAUGAAUUCAAAUGUGAAAUGAAAUGUAAAAUCAUUUGAAUAUGAAUUUAGAAUUUAGUAUUAUCGUUUGUAGAAUUUGCAUGGAUUCUAUGCUUAAAUGUAUUUACGGCCCAAGAUUAUGAAAUGUGAAAUUUUUCUAUUUAACAUGAUUUCAUUUAGGUGCAAUGAAAUCAUUGCGACUGCAUGCCAACUAACUAUUUGUAUAUUUAUACAAUUUUGCAAUUUCUUGGUUAAAAUGGUAAAUUUUGUUAUUCUGUUGAUAGAAAUUGGUGCCACUUGACAUAUUUCGGUUCCGAGGGCAGUCUCUGCCGCUGAUGUGAUGAAUCGCUGCUGUAGGAGAAAAAUAUUGGCCGACUCAUGGUAGUGAUUUCAGCUGUGUUGUCAAAAUUGACAGAGUCCGUCUCUGUUACUUGGUAAAGUUCACUCAGCCACUGCACCUGAGGAGGUGCUCAUCUGGGAAACAACAAAUUCGUGACGAACCCAGUUUGUGUGUGCGUUACUGUAACACAAACUGGUCAAAAUAAAUUACAGUAAAUUGUGACUAAACUACAAUAUGUAGUUGAAAGACGUCGCAAUGGACCCUCCCUUAUUGGACACCUCUGUUAGCAGGACACCCUUUAUCCGGACACCUCUCCAUUAAGGAAAUCAUAAAUCAGUUCCAAUGGGUGUCCCUUAUAGAGAGUUUCUACUGUACAGUAUGAUCUCUCUAUUAGGGAUACCCUUGGGACUGUGAAAUGCUCUCCGUAAUACCGAGGUGUCCUGAUAGCAGAGGUCAAAUCAUAUGAAAAUUAUCCAUUUUGUUCUUGAAUCAGUGUCCUUGAUAGAGAGUGUGUCCUGCCUGCAGAGCUUGUACUUAGGUUGAGCCGACUGUUCGCUCUUUAAUUGAGAAAAUGAAGAUGCAUCUUUAUGAUAUUCAAGUGCCAAUGAUUAUUUUUGGUUGUUUCGAUGGCGAUGUGUUUUACCUCUUAAUAAUGUGACUCCUACAUUUAGAGAAUUACUAGAAUAUAGACCUUUAGGUAGAAUGCAGGCAAGGGUCUUUUAAGAAAUUGGUUGAAAUGGAAUGCACAAAGUGUUAUGGAAAACCAAGACAGAUUACAUCUGCCUCCCUGCACAAGGUGAUUCGAUAAUCAUCACCUACUUAUGGUAUUGAUAAUUAAACGCAACAAAUGUGAAAUUUUGGGAGUAUUGAUAUUUACAAAGAAGGUCUCAUUCAGUAUCGUUGGAAGAAUUUAUUUAUAUAAAACUGAAAAUGAGGAUGGGAUGCCCAUCUAGAUACUUUUGUAAUUUUUUUACUGGGAGCAAAUUUGUUGGUUUCUUAUUUGGACUGUGAUGUAUUCUCAGAGGCAAAAGCUCUUGGUGUAUGCUCCAGUGCUGUACAAUAUUCAGUGCUGCAAAGUAUUAAGUCGAUGGUGAUUUUUGUUCGGCAAAAAUUUGUUUACACAAUGGUAUCUUGCAAAUUAUUGAGUAAAUUUACCCGAGAUUUUCUGUGGUAGAUUUACUUGUGUUCUAAUUACAAUGUACAAUUCCAUGAACUUAUCCGCACAUUUUAAUUUGCAACAUUAUCACACUAGGCACAAUAUUCUCUAUGCUUUUGAAAAUAUAGCAUGCUCGUUUGUACACUGUGAUUACAAUGUUUAUGAUAAACAGUCAAGCUUCCGUGAAAAGGGAAUUUGAGAAAUCUUUUGAUUGAUAACUUUGGGAGCAAAAAUCACCAUCAACUGAUAGAAACAUUGUAUGAAACCUAGGAUUCAGGAAUUUCUAAAAGGCAGUUGUCGCAUAUUUUCACCAUAUUGGAUACUUUAAUAAAUUGAGUUUUGAUACAUGAA